AUGCGUAUAACCACAAAAUCGCCAGUCAGAUGUCGUGACGCAAUGAAGAGUGCGAUGAAAAGUGGUGUCUCAUUUUCUUCUGGCGUCUCUUUUAUUUUGUUCUGGCUUCUGUUUUAUUUUGUUCUGAUUUCUUUAUUUUUUUUUUUUCUUUUGUUCUGGUUCUCAUUUUUUUCUUCUUUUGUUCGGGUGUCUCUCAUUUUUUUUCUUUUUUGUUCUGGUGUUUGUUUUUUUUCUUUUUUUUUCUGUCUCUCAUUUUUUUUUCUUCUUUUGUUCUGGUGUCUUUUUUUUUUUCUUUUUUGUUCUGGUGUUCUUAUUUUUUUCUUCUUUUGUUCUGGUGUCUCUUAUUUUUUUCUUCUUUUGUUCUGGUGUCUCUUAUUUUUUUUCUUCUUUUGUUCUGGUGUCUCAUUUUUUUUUCUUCUUUUGUUCUGGUGUCUCUCAUUUUUUUUCUUCUUUUGUUCUGGUGUCUCUCAUUUUUUUCUUCUUUUUGUUCUGGUGUCUCUCAUUUUUUUUCUUCUUUUGUUCUGGUGUCUCUCAUUUUUUUUCUUCUUUUGUUCUGGUGUCUCUCAUUUUUUUUCUUCUUUUGUUCUGGUGUCUCUCAUUUUUUUUCUUCUUUUGUUCUGGUGUCUCUCAUUUUUUUUCUUCUUUUGUUCGGGUGUCUCUCAUUUUUUUUUUUCUUUUUGUUCGGGUUCUCUCAUUUUUUUUCUUUUUGUUCGGGUGUCUCUCAUUUUUUUUCUUCUUUUGUUCGGGUGUCCUUUUUUUUUUUUUUAG